AUGUCGGGCGUUUACACGAAGAAACACGUGGAGGAUGUCAUCGACACGUCGGAAGGAGCCUUACCUUACAAACUGCAGAGGAUAGCGGAAGAGGAACUAAGCGAGACACCCGUCAAGAGACAGGAUGCGCUCUCUAAACUGGCGACACUCCUGUCAGAGGAAGAAGACCUGAAUGCGAGAAAGGAUGCCCAGUUCCUUCUUCGCUUCCUGCGUGUGCGGAAGUAUGACGUGGAAGCUGCCCUGCGUACCAUUAGGAACUACUACAGGAUCCGCAAUACCAGUGGUCCGGUGUUCCAGGACUUCCUGCCUCGUAAGGUGUCCUCCACCACGCGCAGGCUAAUGAUGGUCAUGCCAGAUAGAGACGUUCACGGACGUCCCAUCUUCCUCUACAAGCCCGGAUCUUGGAUCCUCGGCGAGACGUCUUACAUUGAGAUGCACCGGGCCCUCAUGCUUUGCUUGGAAUACUUGGCCAAUGACCCGGCGACUCAAACACUGGGCAUGGUGAUCCUGUUCGACUACGCUGGUUUUACGCCAGAGAAGUUGCUGGCAUUCAACAUGGGACUCAUAAGAAGAGGCGUCGAAUACUUGCAAGACUGCAUGCCAAUGCGCCUGGAAGCUGUACACACAGUAAGACAAGGUGUAGCGUUCGAUAUGUUUUUCACGCUCAUCAAGCCAUUCCUGAAGUCCAAACUUGUUCAAAGGUUUCGUCUGUACGGCGAAAAGUUCGAAGACCUGUACAAGGAGAUACCACCGAGCGUUCUACCCGAAGAGUACGGCGGCCAAGCUCCACCUCCAGACUUCGACGGCUUCUGGGGAGAACUGGAGGGAUGCGAGGACGAGUACCGAGAGAACAGCAGCUACGGGUACGUCAGGAGGCAGGACGAUAACUUCGCCACGGACGCAGAGAUUGAAGACGAAGUCACGUUCUUGUAAAUAACAGUAAUAAAACAUGAGGAUGACCGUAUA